GGGAGGAGAGGGGGAGAGAGAGUGAGCGGUUUCCUCUCUGAAAUAUAUAAGCAUAUAAAACAAGUAAUAAAUUACCGAGGGCAGUACAGAAAUCCAUCUUCCAUGGGCGGGAAUAAGAACUGCUACAUUUGAAAAAAGGGAAACAAAAAGCUGAAAAGUGUUCUUAAGACUUCUUGAGCCCUCCAUGAGCACAUGCUCUUCCUUCUUUAUAUUCGAAAUAAAGCCUCAUUUUACAACUAAUUUAGUUGGUUUGCUUCGAUCUUAGGGUUGGUUUAGCUCCCAGUCAAAAGGCGUCUGAUUUGGGUCAAGUUUCUCUUCCGCUAUUAUUUUUUUUAUAUAUUUUCCAUUUAUAAUAUUUGUUUGGAGCUUGGUGAAACUUUAAAGCAAUGAAGCUCUUGAUGGGUAGUUCAGUUUUAGGAGUUUCUGAACUGGGUAUUCAUCGAAUACCAAAAAAAGAACUGGGUAUUCAUGAUUUCUGAGUUUCUUCGAGCAUCCGAGUUAUCCAUGGAAGAAUUGUGGGAAUGUUUGUGCAGAUGAUGUUUAUGUGAACUUUUAAAGAGGCUCUAGAUCAUUGGAUUGGGAGAUGGACCGCCGGAGCUGGUUAUGGAGAAAGAAGUCUUCUGAGAAGAGUCCAGGAGAAACAGAAAGUUCGGGAUCAAUAUCUUCUCAUUCUGAAAGAUGCUCUGAUGAUCAGCAGGAGACAUCAAGGGCUUCUCCAAAUCACAACACACUAUCUCCAGAGAUCACAUCCAAAGUCACGGCUAGCAGUGAAGAGGUCAAUGACAAUGUGAAAAGCCUGACAGAUAAAUUAGCAGCUGCUCUUUCAAAUAUCAGUGCAAAAGAGGACUUGGUAAAGCAGCAUGCCAAAGUUGCAGAAGAAGCUGUCUCAGGCUGGGAAAAGGCAGAAAAUGAAGUGGUGGCUUUGAAACAAAAAUUGGAAUCUGCCACUCAGAAGAACUCAACCCUUGAAGAUCGGGUGAGCCACCUUGAUGGAGCUCUCAAGGAGUGUGUCAGGCAGCUUCGGCAAGCACGAGAAGAACAAGAGCAGAAGAUCCAUGAAGCUGUUGUUGAAAAAACCAAGGAAUGGGAAUCUGUUAAACUUGAGCUUGAGAGCCAAGUUGUUAAUCUCCAGAGCCAAGUUGAAGCUGCAAAACUUGAAGCAGCUGCCAAUUCUGAUCUGUGCUCAAAGCUCGAGUCUGCAGAGAAAAAAAAUGCUGCCCUUAAACUUGAGCUUCUUUCCCGAGUUGAGGAGCUUGAAAUUAGGACUUUGGAAAGGGACUUAAGUACACAAACAGCUGAAACAGCUAGCAAGCAACAUUUGGAAAGCAUAAAAAAGGUUGCUAAGCUUGAGGCUGAGUGUCGCAGACUAAGGGCAAUGUCCCGGAAAGCACCUUCGGCUAAUGAUCACAGGUCUGUUACUGCCUCUUCAUUUUAUGUUGAAUCGCUCACUGAUAGCCAAUCAGACAGUGGGGAGAGGUUACUUGGAAUGGAGAUUGAUACUCAUAAGAUGAGUAGCAUGGAGCUGAAUGAUGGUGAGGCAAGCUACUCAGACUCAUGGGCAUCAGCUCUGAUCGCAGAACUUGAUCAAUUCAAGCAAGACAAAGCCAUUGGUAGAAACCUCACUACGUCUUCUGUGGAGAUUGAUCUUAUGGAUGAUUUCCUUGAGAUGGAGCGACUUGCAGCUCUGCCUGAAACUGAGAGUGGGGAUCCUGAACCAGUAGCUGUUCCAGACCAAAUUGAUAGAGGGGAAAGCUCAUUGAAAGCUGAGCUUGAAACUAUGAUUCAGCGCAGUGUUGAAUUGGAAGAGAAAUUAGAGAAGUUGGAAGAGGAGAAAGCACAACUGAACAUAGCUUUGGCAGAGACUCAAAGUCAACUUGAGAUGUCAAAUAAUCAACUUAAGACAGCUGAGGAGAAGUUGGUGGAACUGCAAAGGUGUCUAGAUCUGGCCAACAACUUGAAGCAAACUACUGAGGAAAAGUUGGAGACUAUCAAUACUCAGAAAGAAGUCAUUGAGUCACGCCUUGUAGGUGCAGAUGCCGAGAUUCGGGCCUUGCGUGGAAAGGUUGGUUCUUUAGAAUCAGAAAUUGAAAAGGAGCGGACCUUGUCAGAAGAAAUUGUGGUCAAGUGUCGGAAAUUGGAGGAUGAGCUAACGAAAAAGAAACAUGAAGCUGAACUUUGGAGAGCUUCAAGAUCAAAUGGUGAACUGAAGAUAAAGCAGGAGAAAGAGCUUGCAGUAGCGGCUGGAAAAUUAACAGAGUGUCAGAAAACCAUCGCAUCUCUUGGUAGGCAGUUGAAAUCGCUAGCAACCCUGGAGGACUUCCUGAUUGACUAUGAGAAACCACUGGACCUCACUGUAGGAUCGCCCAUUCCUAAAGGUGGAGAUCUAUGGAAAUUGCAUUCAAAUGAUGCUCAUUUACCCAAAGCAGAAGCCUAUUCUUCCAAAAUAGCUGGAGAUGGCUCUGGUCCUUCUACGAAUGGCAAAAAUGGAGAGUCACCGCCAUCAUCCUCAUCCUCGUCAUCAUCUUCUGCACUAAACCAUGCAGUUGCCUCUGAGAAGAGCCAAAAUGGGUUUGGGAAAUUGUUCUCCCGGGGUAAGAGCAGCAUUCCUGUAGAAAAUAAGUGAAGUAGAAAACAGAAAGGGCUUUGGCGUUGCUGUUGUAAAGCAAAGCAAUUAUUUUCUCAUUAGUGAAAUUGGCAAUUAAUUUUUUGUUAAUUGGCAGUUAAUUUUACAACCAUAUAUUGUCUUAAAAUGUCUCUUUGGUUUCAAUAUCAAGUAGCUUAUACACAAGGAAAAUUGGCUCUGCUUCCAUCUUGAAUUUAUCUCAGUUACCUGUAGUCAUCUGUGUCA